GUCCGAUAGCUCCAAGCCAUGCGCAAGCCCAGCAAUAAGAUGGCCCGGCGUUCAGCCGGUCUAGAGCUUCACGAAGUGCUGGGCUAUCGGGUAAGGCGGUUAUUUCCCGCUCAUUGUUCGCUAAAACUUUAUCGCGAAUGCUCGAUUAGUGGAAGUCUAGCCAGGUCCGCAUCAGCUCACAGCCUCGCCCUGCUCGUUUGAGUUAUAUAAGAGAUUCCUUUUUCCCAUUUCAUCACCGAGACUUACCUUUCUGACAAUCUCAUCGCUCGACAUAGUUUUCUCUAUAAGAAAGUUGGUUUCCAGUAUGGUUCCAGCUGACGUAUUGCUCGAAACUCUCGUCCCGGGCUACAGGCUUCUAGCUCGUUCACUUCCGUCUUAUUUUCACGUUGAUAUAACCUCCUAUCUUCUUGUCUUUGCAGGAAACCUCGCGUUCUGGGCGUAUGCCAUGCCAUUGUUUUGGGACCGAUUCCAAUCCCUCCUUCUACUGUUCUCGACGUCGGUUGAAAUUGGCUACCACGACGAUUUCACCUUGAGCCAUACGUUGCGAUUUGUUGCUGGCACAAGAAUCAACUUUGCUACCCUUUGGGAUGACACGAAGGAGGAUGAGAGAGAUCUGUCCGAAGCGGAUCAACUGCGAUUUGAAAAUGAUCCAAGGCCGUUUUGGAUAAAGAGGACGGAACUUAAUAAUCUUCGAAUAAUUCGUUACACCCCCGCACCGGCUCAAACCCAUUAUUUUACCUACCGCGGAUGUUUGAUUGCUCUGCGUCGUCAACCGUAUAAGGAUGCCGGAAGUCCUUGGGUUGCAAGCAUGGAAAAGCUAUAUUUUUAUGCAGCCCCGUGGAAAAAGGAUGUGUUAAAGGACCUUCUGUAUAGCAUCCAGAAGGCUUCUAGCGAGCAUGACAAGCGUCGUGUUGUUGUGAAACGCGGGCUUAAACUGAAAUCCGAUUUCCAGUGGACACGGAUGGCAUCCAAGAAACCACGGCCCCUGUCGACAUCCCGAGGUCUUCCGUAUCGGCGAGGUUACCUAUUUUACGGCCCGCCAGGUACAGGGAAGUCGAGUCUGUGUUUUGCAAUUGCCAGUCUGGUGCAGCCUGAAAUAUUUAUGGUCAGUCUCAGCGCAAGCGAUCUUGACGAAAAUGGCCUGGCUCUUCUGUUCCAGUCCCUUCCAAAUCGAUGCAUCGUUCUGUUUGAAGAUGUGGACCAGGCUGGCAUCCGGAAACGCGACACCGAUAUUCCUCUGUCACGGAACCGGUGUGAAACAGACGAGAUCACCGACUGCGACGGCUUAGAACGCCACGGUUCCGAGCGGCGAUCAAGCAAAAUAACUCUUUCCGCAUUGCUCAAUGUCAUUGACGGUGUAUCAGCGCAGGAAGGCAGAAUCCUGAUCAUGACAACCAACCACAUCGAAAAACUAGACGGCGCUCUCCUUCGUCCUGGACGAGUAGAUAUGCGAGUUCCGUUCCACCAUGUCGACUCGUCAGCUAUUCAGCAGCUUUUUCUCUCCUUCUUUCUAAAACCCACUGAUACACUGGUUAUGGACGGCACAGAGUUAUUUAAUUCGACCGAUUCACCGUCUCCCGCGGCCCGCCCCGAUUGGGAUAUUGAGGAUAUCAUGAAAUUGGCACUCGCAUUCGGAGAUAAAGUUCCUCAGGACCGUUACACUGCAGCUGAGGUUCAAAACUAUCUGUUGUUACACAAGAAUGAUCCUAAGUCCGCAGUGCGUGAUGUGGCAGAUGGGUUCUGCAAGAUCUGGUGUUCCUCGUCGAGUAAGGUCUGCGUCUGCGGAAUCCGUGCCGUCCGGGUAACUUGA